AUGGUAGUAAAAAUCGACGGUCGGCAGUUACACCAUCUGCGCUUUGCUGAUGACAUCGUCCUUAUAACACCAAACAUUAGCAAAGCGGAACGUAUUAUUGACGACUUUGAUAAAGCUUUUGGAAAGAUUGGUCUUCAACUAAAUCUCACAAAAACGAUGUUCAUGAAGAACGGAUUGGUAUCGCAUGCCCCAUUCACGCUCAACGGAAAGAAUAUCUCCGAGUGCUCCAGUUUCAUCUAUCUAGGUCGGGUAAUCGGGAAAUCAAUAUGA